UUCCCUGCACGCCGGAAGAGGCGGUCCUCUUUGCUUGCCUAGCGCAACCAUGGCUCGUGGUCCCAAGAAGCACCUGAAGCGCGUGGCAGCUCCAAAGCAUUGGAUGCUUGACAAACUGACAGGGGUGUUUGCUCCUCGUCCAUCCACUGGCCCCCACAAACUGAGAGAGUGUCUUCCACUCAUCAUUUUCCUAAGGAACAGGCUUAAGUAUGCUCUGACAGGAGACGAGGUGAAGAAGAUCUGCAUGCAGCGAUUCAUUAAGAUUGAUGGCAAGGUCCGAACUGAUAUAACCUACCCGGCAGGUUUUAUGGAUGUCAUCAGUAUUGAUAAGACGGGAGAGAAUUUCCGGCUGAUCUAUGACACCAAGGGACGCUUUGCUGUUCAUCGCAUUACUCCUGAGGAGGCUAAAUACAAGUUGUGCAAAGUGAGGAAGAUCUUUGUGGGCACCAAAGGAAUCCCUCACUUGGUGACACACGAUGCUCGCACCAUUCGCUACCCGGAUCCCCUCAUUAAGGUUAAUGACACCAUUCAGAUUGAUUUGGAAACUGGCAAGAUCACAGAUUUCAUCAAGUUUGACACUGGUAACCUGUGCAUGGUGACUGGAGGUGCUAAUUUGGGAAGAAUUGGUGUGAUCACCAAUAGAGAGAGACAUCCUGGUUCUUUUGAUGUCGUCCAUGUGAAAGAUGCCAAUGGCAAUAGCUUUGCCACCCGCCUCUCCAACAUUUUUGUGAUUGGCAAGGGCAACAAACCAUGGAUUUCUCUUCCCCGAGGAAAAGGCAUCCGCCUCACCAUUGCUGAAGAGAGAGACAAAAGACUGGCAGCCAAGCAGAGCAGUGGCUGAAAAGGCAUUUUCAAGGGCAAAGUUGGAUGGUGAAUCCUAUGCUUAAAUAAAGCCAAUAAAGUAUAA